CGGAGUUGCCGGAGCUGUUGAGUAAGAAAACAAGAUUAUCUUCUUAUCCAAAAAAGAUGACACCAGCUGGGUUACUCUCAAAAAACAACCAAGUGAGCACCACAGACUAAUGAGUAGAAUCAAUAAGAACGUGAUUUUGGCGGUUUUAACUUUGACAAGUUCUGCGUUUCUGCUGUUUCAGUUGUACUACUACAAGCACUAUUUAUCAGCAAAGAAUGGAGCUGGUGUAUCAAAAUCUAAAGGAAGCCGAAUCGGAUUUGAUAGCACACAAUGGCGUGCAGUUAAAAAGUUUAUUAUGCUAACAUCCAGCCAGAAUGUGCCAGUGUUCCUUAUUGAUCCUUUGAUUCUGGAAUUGAUUAAUAAAGACUUUGAACAAGUCAAAAACACUUCUCAUGGCUCCACUUCAGAAUGCAAGUUCUUCUGUGUUCCGAGAGACUUCACUGCAUUUGCCCUGCGAUAUCACCUGUGGAAGAAUGAGGAGGGCUGGUUUCGGAUAGCUGAAAAUAUGGGCUUUCAGUGCCUAAAGAUCGAGAGCAGAGAUCCCCGGCUGGAUGGAAUAGACUCACUCUUUGGAACUGAAAUUCCUCUGCACUACAUCUGCAGAUUGGCUAGUCACGCCAUCCACGUGGUGGUCUUUCAUGAGAGGAGUGGCAACUACCUCUGGCAUGGCCACUUACGACUCAAAGGACCCGUGGACCGGAAAUUCGUUCCCUUCCGAAAGUUACAGUUUGGCCGUUACCCUGGAGCUUUUGACAGGCCAGAGUUACAACAAAUUACUGUUGAUGGACUCGAAGUUCUCAUUCCAAAAGAUCCCAUGCACUUUCUAGAAGAAAUACCGCACUCUCGGUUUAUUGAGUGUAGGUAUAAGGAAGCUCGAGCAUUCUUUCAGCAGUACCUGGAUGACAACACCGCGGAAGCCAUGGCGUUUCGGAAGAGUGCGAAGGAAUUGUUGCAGCUAGCAGCCAGAACAUUACAGAAAUUGGGAGUACGAUUCUGGCUGAGCAGUGGAACUUGUCUAGGAUGGUAUCGGCAAUGCAACAUUAUUCCUUAUAGUAAAGAUGUUGACCUAGGUAUUUUUGUACAAGAUUAUAAAUCUGAUAUUAUUUCAGCAUUUCAGGAUGUAGGACUUCCGCUCAAACACAAAUUUGGGAAGGUAGAGGACAGCUUGGAACUAUCUUUCCAGGGAAAAGAUGAUGUAAAACUCGACAUUUUUUUCUUCUAUGAAGAGACUGACCAUAUGUGGAAUGGAGGCACUCAGGCCAAAACGGGAAAAAAAUUUAAGUACCUAUUUCCCAAGUUUACACUGUGCUGGACUGAGUUUGUGGACAUGAAGAUUCAUGUGCCCUGUGAAACCAUUGACUACAUCGAAGCCAACUAUGGUAAGACCUGGAAGAUUCCUGUGAAGACCUGGGACUGGAAGCGCUCUCCCCCCAACGUACGGCCCAAUGGAGUCUGGCCUAUUUCUGAGUGGGAUGAGGUUAUCCAGCUAUACUGAGACAGGAACUCAAAAUGGUAGAAUUCCCCGUCUGCAACAAAGGUGGGUAGCUGUUUAAGAAGAUACAUCUCUUCGUCAAACGUUAUGAAGGAGCCAAAGAUAUAUGUGAAGUUUGAAGACGCAGAGAGUUUGAGCCUCUCAGCCAUUUGAUUUAAUCCUCUCAUUUUACAUUUAUUAAGGAGCCCCCAUGGGCCAGGUGCAGUGCUAGGUUACAGUAGAGGAGCAGAGGUGAGUGACACAUGCCUGCUCUCUUUCCUUUCCUGUUGGUAAAACACCUCGAUUUUCUGUGGAGGGAAACACCCUCACCUUUUGAAGGGCUCAUACAGAAUACAAUGUUCUUUCAAAAUGUUAGGUAACGUCUGGACUGGAGCCCAGGUUUAUGGGGUGAAGCUGAGGAGGGAUCUACUAGCAGAAAAGAAUACCCCGUUCCUGUUACCAGCAGUUAAGCUUGUAGGUUGUGCUGCUUUUAAGGUUGUAGAGUCCAAGUUAAUAUUUAAGUGAUCGGACUUUAAGUGACAUCAAGAAAAGAUGCUAACAGAUUCAUUUGACAAGCAACCUGAUAUGGAAUUCAUCCAGAGCACAGGGCAUCAUUUUAUAAGAGAACAAGAGCUUCUUUCUAACUUUGUCAAAGGUAUGCAAAUUUCCAUACAUUUUCUAUUUUUAUAUUUGAAGUGAAAAGAAAGCUUAUGCUUGUGUGAAGCUUAAAUUUCCAGCCAUUGCGAGAGUAUUUUCACUGACCUCUAUAGCACUUGUUAACAAAUCAUUCAAGGGAGAUCAUGCUACUAGACAGGAUUUUGAAAGGGUUGUGAUUUCAUGAAACUUAACUUUCCGUAAUUCAUUCCCAACCAUCUGUUAAGUAAAAAUAUGAGCUAUUCAUGGACUUUAAUAUUUUCUGAAUUUAUAAUCCUGUAUUCCCCAUUUUAAUGUUCACACUAAAAUAUUAAUAGAAAUACCUCUAAUUUUUCUAAUUGUA